UUGUUCAUUUCCUAUAAGAAAGAGCUUGUUGAUGAAACCCCCUAUUUUCAAAAAAGAUAAACAAAAACAAAAUGGAAGGACUCAUCCCUUUCCUUUAUAGAGCAAUAAAAAGGAGGAGAACAAGGAUGUACUACAAGUGUCUCUCCUACGGCGCGGCGAAUCGGUUCGAUACAACCGCCGAUUACUAUCAUGGCCAAAGCCAUAGUUUCCUUCGGUCUCCGCCCAGCAAGUUAGCAGGCUGUUGUGACGACCGUCAGGUCCAUCACCGUCACCGAUCCCUCGACGACUUCUCUGACGGGCUUUUCUCGUCAGAAAAGGCUGUUGGCCGGCCGCCACGGUUCCCUAAGGAGCUAAGGUCUCGAAGUUUGCGAAUGUUUGCUUGCAUUAGUGGUUCAAUAGAGGAUUGAAGGUUUUGUGUUGUAUUUCCAUGAAGUUGAAGAUGUAAAUACAUGUCUCUAGUGAGGCCUUAAUUGUUUUUAAGUCCUUAAUUUAUGAUUAUGAAUUUCCCAAAAGGGUGGUCUCUUCUCUUUGUUAAGCAAGAAAAGGAUGGUUUAAUUCUUUGUGUUGAA